AGUAACAACAACCUCUACAAACGAUACAUUCGGACCAAACACAAGACAUCGACGAGAGAAAGAGCAACAAGAAAUCCCAAUUAAAGUGACACAAUACAUCUUUGUAAUUCUGAGACCACAGAGCCUCAUUUAAUUCAUCAUAUCUCAUAUUCUGAUUUUUAAUACAGACAAUAACUCACGACGAAAUUUCCAAGAUGAUGGUCACAMCGGCAGAAGAAGAAAAUACCAUGGAAGUCAGAAGGGAGGACCAAAACAACAUCAAUAAGUUUGCGCGUCUCAACGCAAGAGUACGUGAACUUCGAGACGAACGAAAAAUCAUCAAGGUGAGCCAUCAAAAAAGGAGAUCGCUUUAGUUUACGAAAUAUGAUGGAGGCAUUACUGCGCAUUCAGAGAGWACGAUAGGCAAUCGUCCGGAGCAGCAAUGCUAUGAAACACUGCCUACUGGUAAAUAUUUACGAUUGGAAAUUGCGCUUGCUCAUUUCGAGUUUCUCUUUUUACCUCGCCUGAUUCUCGAUGAUGAUCUCUCGUUUCAACUUUUCAAUUUAUUACUAUUGCACUCGAUCACAUGCUGGGUGACUGCGAAAACUCGAAUGAAAAAAAUCGAUGCUAGCAAUCGCUUGAUCGACUCGAAGAUGCCUCAACGGAACUGAUGAUGUCGUCCGAUGGAGACGAUGUCAUGCUUCUGGUCGGCGAAUCGUUCUUCGAUACAUCCGAAGAAGAUGCCACCGAAUAUUGCGAAGCGGAAGUAGAACGCAUGUUAGAGGUCUUGGAAAAAAUGGAAGAGGAAGAAGCCACCAUAGUGGAAGAGCAAGAAGCAUUGAAAAAGGUGUUAUAUGGACGAUUCGGGAAGUCGAUCCAGUUAGAAGAGAAAGUGUAACAUAAGAUAGAUCGGACGGAGCUUGUAGAAACUGAGAGAAUAUGAAAUUCUACAAAAUUUCAUAAUUGCAUGUUUUGCCAUCAAUGAACUACAAAAUUAUCAUCCAACAUCUUGUUUAGUUUAAAGAUAAGUGCUCUGGUUUUCCGUAAUCGUUGCCCAAGUCUCCCAGACCGAUCCAUGUUGUUUGGGUUUUUUCCGGUAGAUUCGUUUCCCUUUGACAAAUGAAGAAUAGCGACAUUUGCGACAGAACCUCACGAUGAGAGAAAUUACAACCGACAAGCAACAAUUAUGUAUGAUGGUGAUUGUGGCUUGCUGAAGAGAGAAUGUAAAUCAAAGAGAAACGUUGUUUUCGGUCGGAAUGAAGAUGAUAAAUGAAURAUUUUAAUAUUGACCCCGGCAAGAAAAAGAGCUUUGAUUUUGCAAAUAAGGAGUUGGAGAAAAGAUAGAGUAGACCAAAUMAUGCCACAAUGCACUAAGAUUACAAAGUAUUUAGUUUACAACGAACAGCUAUUAAUACGAUGAAAACACAAGUUGCGUAGCGGCUUUUAGAUCGAACAUCCCAUUAAAACAGCAAUAUUAGUCCCUUCAGUAUCAUGAUACUCGUUGCAGGUAACAAAUCAAAAAUUGACGGUGAAGCAGAUGACUCGAUUCCACCAUCAACGCUGCCAGCUAUGGGUUGUGUAGUUGAAUCCUGCAACGAAUGCUCUCCCUCGUACAGAUAGUUGUCAUCUUUAUCGACACCAAAAGCAAUCAACUCCCUCUCUCCUACACUAACUGAUUUUAGAAUUGGGUUCUCAAGGCCAACUUUUCCCAACUCUACUUGAAGACUAUCAGCCCCCCAGAGGGAGAAGUAAAGUAGUACAUUGUGA